ACCUAGAUCCCACCAACAAUCUCACAUCGCACAUCGCUGCAAUCUCAUUGGUCGAAGCACCACAACCCGGAUCGUGAGCCUUCCCCGCGCAGUAGUACAUAUACUCAUCUCCUUCGCCUAGCCAUUUCAUCAUCAGCAUCAUCAAAUUCCCCAACUCGAUUUUGAUUAUUUCCAAAAUAUCACACAACACCCAAUUCAACAAUGGAAGGUGCGAGUGCAACCUCAAUCAAGGGCGCCGGAGGCAGGCGAGGCGGCGAAAGGAAGAAAUCGAUACCGAAAUCCGUCAAGGCGGGGCUCCAGUUUCCUGUGGGGCGCAUUGCCCGUUUUCUGAAGAAGGGGCGCUACGCCCAGCGCAUGGGCACCGGAGCGCCCAUCUACAUGGCUGCUGUGCUCGAGUACCUUGCCGCUGAGGUGCUGGAAUUGGCCGGAAACGCCGCGAGGGACAAUAAGAAGAGUAGGAUUGUGCCGAGGCAUGUGCAGCUGGCGGUACGGAACGACGAUGAAUUGGGGAAAUUGCUUCACGGCGUCACCAUCGCUAACGGCGGAGUGUUGCCCAACAUUAAUCCAGUGCUUUUGCCGAAGAAGUCUGCGGCGGCGGCGGAGAAAGGCUCUGAAACUAAAUCACCCAAAAAGGCUUAGUCAUGUUAUUGUGUUAUUCACUUUUUCUAGAUCUGAUGUUCAGCACUUGUUUCUCUGAUAUAUUUUAGCUGUUAGGUUUAGUCUUGAAAGUAAAUAAAUUAUGAAUAGAAGUAACUACUUUUCGUUUCUCUAA